AUAAAGAUCAAGACGUGUACCCGUUGCAGAUAAAACAAACAAAGGCGAACCUCUCAUAGAUUUUUAAGAAUUUAGUAUAGAAGGAAAUAAAGAAAUAAUAUCUAAUUUUUGGAAUAUAAUAGAACAUAAGGUAAAAAAAGAAUAAUAAUUACAGGUACAGCACCAGACAAAACUCAAACCAAAACACAUGAGGAAGUUCCGACAUCCAGGCUGCACUUCGCCUAUCAACUGAACUGAACUGAGUAAUGACUUUUGACGAGAAGGAAUAGUCCAAGUUACAGUUGAAGAUGGGAUCUCUAAAUUCAUACGUUCUGAAGCGACGGAUGAGAAAGUGGUGGAAGUAUCUUGUAGUCCUUAUCUUUCUCCUUGCUGUAUAUUUUGGAGGAUUCCUUCACAUCUCUGGAAAUAUAAGUACUGCACCUCCUUCAGACCUUUCCAGGAACACCAUGAAGGAAGUUUUUGCUUUACAAAGACAGAUUAAGUUGCUGAAGUCUGUCCUCAAGCAGUAUUCAAUACCUGAGAAAGAGUAUUCAGAUGUUUUGUUGCCAGUCAUAUAUGUCAUCACCCCUACAUAUACACGUCCACAGCAGAAGGCUGAACUCACAAGAUUGAAGUCAGUGUUCCUUCAUGUGCCAGCGCUUCACUGGAUUGUUGUAGAAGAUGCACCCAAGAAAUCACAGUUGGUGUCCAACUUCCUGGAGUCAUCAGGAUUGACUUAUACACACUUGCAUCAAUCAACACCUCAAGAAUGGAAGCUUAAAGAUUCUGAUCCAAAGUGGCGGAAGCCCCGUGGAGUGCUACAAAGAAAUGCUGGCAUCCGAUGGCUCAGGAGCAAGUUUGCACAUGAUGCCAGCCCUCGAGGAGUGGUUUACUUUGCAGAUGAUGACAACACUUACAGUGUAGAGCUUUUCCAUGAGAUGCGAGAUACACACAAAGUUUCAGUGUGGCCUGUUGCACUGGUGGGUGGAGUGCUGGUGGAGCGGCCAUUGGUGGAAUCUAAUGGCCAGGUCUCAAGCUGGUUGGCUGGGUGGAAAGCUGACCGGCCCUUUGCAAUGGAUAUGGCCGGCUUUGCGGUGAACUUGUCUCUUCUACUAAAUAAGUCAGGUGUUGAAUUUUCCAUUGAUGCUCCUAUUGGCUUUCAAGAAUCAGUGUUCUUAGAAAAAAUCAUUACUCGAGAAGAACUGGAACCUAAAGCUGAUUUGUGCACAAAGGUGUAUGUUUGGCACACUAGAACAGAACAACCGGAUCUAAAGCAAGAGAUAAGAUUGAACAAGGUAGGGAAGCAUACAGAUGAGGGAAUAGAAUUAUGAAACAAUAGCCUUACAGUUAUUAUAUAACUGCUACCGACUGCUUUAGAUAAUACUUAUGUCAUAGAGAAUCAUAAUCCAUAUAUAUAUAUAUAUAUAUAUAUAUAUAUAUAUAUAUAUAUAUAUAUAUAUAUAUAUAUAUAUAUAUAUAUAUAUAUAUAUAUAUACACACACACACACGUAUAUAUAUAUCGAUCAAUCAUGGGGGCAUCUGCCGGGGGGGCGCAUCGCUUCGCCUACCCUAUGGCGCCACUCCAGGCGGUCACACCUCACGAGUCUCCAUGCAAGCUCCCUUCCCAUUC